CACACACACACACACACACACAGACACACACAAAUGCACACACACACACACUAUCCCAGCAGAUUUGGAUUGCGCCACGGGCUGUUAGUGUGCUCGCAGGAUGGGAAUACGUCUGUUGUGUGUGUGUGUGUCGUCGCUCCAUGGGGAGUAAUGUGAGUGUCGUAGCUGCCUGGGGGUCCUGGACAGAAAGAAUUUCACCUGCGGAAAAUACCUGUUGAUACUGACUGGACAACACCAUUUUGAAAGGGGGACGUAAAUCAAUUUUUUGUCAACUUUUUCUUUUUCUCACAUGCUGAGGAAAUACCCGCCUGCUUGAACUACAUGACUUUAUCUACAAUUAUCUGCGAUAUGGACCCAUGUUUGUCAUGCUAGAGACUACAUUGCGUGGGCACCCGCUAGUCAGGGACUCUCAGGAUUAAUGCCGGGGUUUUACAGGAGAUUGUGAGGGAUUGCCAUGUCGACGGCCCAGGCAGUGCACCCCAAUGGGGUGUAUAGCUACUUCCUCAACAUGGUGGCCUACCAGAUAUGUUGCUGCUGUGGCCCCGCUCCCUGCUCGUUAUGUUGCUCCUUUUGUCCGCCUGUGAAAUCGUCCUUCAGCACUCGGGUGAUGUACACCCUGUUCCACAUCAUGGCCUGUGCUGUCUCGUGCCUGAUGUUGUCACGGACUGUGUCUGAAACCAUGAGGGAGAAUGUGCCUUUCUUUAAGAUGGUGUGUGACGAGGAGCAUGGUGGCGGAGACUGUGAGAUGCUGGUGGGCUACUCGGCAGUGUACCGGGUGUGUUUCGGCACCGCCUGCUUCCACCUGAUGCUGGCGAUCUUCCUCAUCGACGUCAAGUCCAGCCAGGACUUCCGUGCCCUCAUCCACAACGGAUUCUGGUUUUUGAAGUUCAUCAUGCUUUUAGGAAUGUGUGCCGCUGCCUUCUUUAUUCCUACAGAGUCCUUCUUGCAUGCCUGGCACUAUGUAGGUGUGGUGGGAGGGUUUGCCUUCAUACUUAUCCAGCUCAUCCUCAUCACAGCAUUUGCACACACCUGGAACAAAAACUGGCUAACGGGGGCAGCAGAGGACAAGCGCUGGUACGUGGCGGUGAUGUGCGCCACGCUCUUCUUCUACUCUGUCGCCACCACGGCCUUCACCUUCAUGUACAACUUCUACACGCAUCCUGCCGCUUGCCACCUCAACAAGGCUCUGCUCUGGACCAACCUGGCACUGUGCGGCUGCAUGAGCUUCAUUGCCCUCACGCCCUGCGUCCAGCAGAAGCGACCGCGCUCCGGACUACUGCAAGCAUCCAUCAUCAGCUGUUACGUGAUGUACCUCACCUUCUCUGCUCUGUCCAGCCGACCACCUGAGAAAGUGGAGUACCAGGGCAUGAACAUCACUGUGUGCUAUCCAAAAACAGGCCAGGGUGAGAUCCAGAAGGAGGGGAAUGCAGUGGCCAUCAUUGGAGCAGCCAUCAUGUACUGCUGUGUGCUGUUUGCAUGUAAUGAGGCGUCCUAUCUGGCUGAGGUGUUUGGCCCCUUCUGGAUGAUUAAGGUGUACCGCUACGAGUUCCAGAAAGCAACCUGCUGCUUCUGCUGUCCUGAGGACGAGGAGCCAGAGGAAGAGUUUGUAAUAGAUGAGGAGAACAAGGGCUGCCAGAAGGUGAUCCACAACGAGAUGCACCGAGUGGCCUACAGUUACUUCUUCUUCCAUUUUGUCUUCUUCCUGGCCUCCCUCUACGUCAUGAUGACCCUCACCAACUGGUUCAGCUAUGAGACAGCGGUGCUGGAGACCACGUUCACCCAUGGCAGCUGGUCCACCUUCUGGGUGAAGAUGUCGUCGUGCUGGGCGUGUGUGAUCCUCUACCUCUGGCUCCUGCUGGGGCCACUGUGCCGCAGCCGAUCGGACCGCAAGCCCCGACCACGGCGCUCACGCAUCAAGAGACGCGCCGCCUCCCACCGCCUCGUCAGCGUGAUCGUGUGACCUCGGCCUGUUGCUGAGCAACGCUCAAAACAACACGGGCUUGCCCUGUCAGGAGUGGCCGAGAGUCCGACACAUGAACUUGGUGCGACAAGGACACCCCCUCCCUCUGGGACGGUCGCCAAACUAUACCCAUCUAUACCCGACAGGACUGAACAAAAAAAAACAAACAAGCGAUCAAAGAAAAACAAUCUGAAGAACAAACUUUUAAGACAUUCUGACCAAGUAGGCUGUGUUAUCUCUUUGAGGACAUGACUGGACUACGAAAGUGGGAAUGUGUUUUUAAAGAAUUGCCAAAAGGAUCAGCUGAAGGCGAGUGGGAGAUUUCCUUAUCUCUUCAAAGGAGACGCAAGUCGAGCGGAGGGCCUGGAGGAUUUCUAGUACUAAUUACACUUUAGGAUUGUUCUAGCACUGCGGUUAGCCGGAGACGUAAGCUGAUUAGAAGGUUGAGGUAUUGAGUCUGAUCUUUAGUUGACUUUGCAGCUCAGUUCAUCUUUGAUAAGGGAUUAGCCGGGACAGGAGCCGUUCUCUAUGAUCCGUGGCCGAAGACGGACCCCCAACAGCCAGAGCUCAGGGAACCUGUGGUUCUGUAGAAGCUCACCUAUUCACCACAGCAACCCACUCCAUCCAACCCCCAUCACCUUCUCUUCUAAACACCUCUCCACCCAACCCCCCACCCACACCCCUCACACCCGCCCCACAGCCACAGGGAAUGAGAAACGGCUUCUGUCCAGAUGAGAAAGGUGCCACAGGCAGGCAAGCAGGAACAGGGCACAAGCCUUCUCACUCUAAACACCAGCAGUAGAAGUAUGUACUGUAUCCAGACCUUCAAGGAAUUUGCCAUCUUGCAAUUUGAAUUUGCAAAUUCAUGCAAAUUGAAGAAUUUCAGACAUUUGCAACUUGAAUUUUUCUGUUAUUACGGCAUUAUUUGUAAAAAUGUGUGUGGAAUUUCUCUUUUCACAAUGCACGAUGCAAUUUUUUACUGUGUUUUAUGAGACUUUCCUCUGCACAUUUAGUUACCUUUGGCUACAGCAAUCACAAUAAACUCUUGCAAGAUC